AUGUUGAAGAAGCCUAGUCCUACUGAAGACAACACCAAGUACACUAGCCUGUUUUCUCGGCAAUUGAAUUUGAGCAAUAGAUUCCCCGUCCACAUACUAUACACAUUGCUCUUCUUCAACAACGGAUUCAAGUCGAUAAUACCCUGUUCGGUGGGUUUAUUAAUUGGAAAGUUAUACACAUUUGAGCUUCUUCCUAUGGGUACAUCCUGGUUAUUACCCAAAGACUUGUUCCAAUUGUUUAUUAAUCCUCGCAAGAUGAUUGCGCAUGUAUGGCAAAGCAUACAGCAGAGAUUUACAAGUAGCUAUCAACCCGUAUCUACCUCAACUUCAAACGAGGAGCUUCAUGAUCGAAAUGUGAGCGAAGAGCCUGAAGAUAAUGAUGAGCUCUUGGAUGAGGCUAGACAAGAAGAGAGCAGAAUACGAGCUGAGACCCCUGUGCGACCAUUGGGGAGCCAGUUUCUUGAUACAUUCAGAUCUUAA